AUGAAGGAAGGCAGACGUGCGAUUCCGAGCUCGCGAGUUAUUGGACUUGUACUUAUUUUGUGUCUUGUUCAUACCUUGAGGAAAGAUAAACAAGAUUAUUCUUUUACCAGCGAGUACUUUGGUCUCUGUUUCCCGCAUUCCUCGUCGGUUAAAGAGGUAAACUGGGACACGAGACACUGUACAAAAUGGCUGACACACGUGCAUGUCACUAUCAGUAUGAGAGUGAAACGAGCAAGCGCUACUACAGCCUACUACGCCAACUCAACCUCUACCUUUAGACCUGUUAUACAACUGCUACAUGAUGUGGAACUUAACCCUGGACCUGCAAACUGCUCUAGUGGAGACAAGUCAGAAAAGUCAAAUGGCAAUGUUAAAAUCGCACAUCUUAAUGUUCGCUCGCUCAAAUGCCGUGAGCAUUUCGUUCUUGUAAAGAAUGCGGUACUGGAAAAUAAGUUUGAUAUAUUUACCGUAUCCGAAACAUGGCUCAACAGUUCAGUUACGGAUUUGGAGAUAGAAAUCCCUGGCUAUGUUAUCUACCGAAUCGACCGACAGGCGAGGGUUGGCGGUGGAGUAUGUGCUUAUGUCUCACGAAAUUACAGGACGGAGUACUUGAGUGACAUUUCUCCUAUCACGGCCUCUGGCUUCCAUCAACUGUGGCUAAAAAUCCACGUCAGAAACAUGAAGUCCUUCCUUGUCUGUACAACCUAUAGACCACCGGACACUUCUUUAUCUUGUUUCGAUUCAGAUCUUACAGAGAACUUUAUUUAUGCCUCGUCGUUUAAUGUUCCAAUUUAUCUAUUAGGUGAUUUGAACUGCAGACUUGAGAAUAGCGACGAUCCUGGAGCUAAAGCCCUUGUUAACUUUUUUUGCCGUUCCUAUAACUUGUCAAUAUUGAUCAACACACCAACACGAGUUACAGAGACUUCGAAAUCAAUUUUAGAUGUUAUCCUUGCAUCGGAUACAAGACAAGUCCAAACGGCUACAGUUAUGGAAAGCUCGAUCAGCGACCAUGAGCUAAUUUAUGUCACCUUAAGAUUGAAGAAGGCGCGCUCCAAACCCAUUUAUAUUACUACCAGAAGUUUUAAACACUACAGUCCUAUUGAUUUCAGCAAUGACGUAUCAUUGGCACCGUGGUCCAUAGUCGAUGUUUUCGACGAUGUCGAGGAUAAAAUUUAUGCAUUUGAUUCGCUGUUUACUGAGAUACUCGACCGUCAUGCUCCAGUUAAAACCUUUAAAGCACGCUGUAAGCCAAACCCAUGCGUAACCGACAACAUCCGCGGAUUGAUGAAGACCAGGGAUGAUUGGCGUAAAAAGCAAAGAAAACAAAUGACCCGCUAUCCUGGACUGCCUACAGAUAUUUCAGACAGGAAGUAA